AUGAGAAAUGAAAUGGAUAUGAUGUGCUGUAAAUCAGUAGGAACUGAUCUGUCCAUGCUGGAUAUUGAUGAUUUCAUCACAGAAAUCUCUCAGUUGAAGAAAGAGGUGGCGUUACUGGAGGCAAAGUUGAGGUCAAGAGUAGAUGAAGAAGUGAAGAGAGAGGAUGUGGAUGUGGUUUGUUGUGAAUCUUCAGUGUAUGUGACUGACGGGAUCUCCACAGAAUCUCAGGAUCAGAGCUCACCACAGUUACUGCUGGACAAACUCUCUGAAGAGAAAUCCAGACACACACAGGACUCAAAGUUCAAUCUCACUUUACUCUGUUAUACUGAGUCAAAGCCCACAGACCCUCAGUACACUGCAGUGUGUGACAGUAUUCAGGGUAUAAAAGAUGAGGAAUCUACUGAUCAAACCUCCACAGAGUCUCUGAAUUCUGCCUGUAACGCUGGAGAACAGCAGCAGAUCCAGCAGACCACACUGAAAAUGGAGAUAAAAAUAGAACCUAUUGAAGAGGACUUUAUUCUGCCAGCCUGGGUGCCUGCCGAACUUAGCCCCGCCCACUUCAUUUCAGGUUGGGAAGUUUGGUCUGGUAUUGCUCCAUUGUGGCGCAACUAUGCUCGACCCAAAGCUGGUCGAACCAAUCAAGUGUUCAGGCAGGCUUUAUACGAUGAUGGACAGAUGAUCAACAAUGAGAAGAGUGAAUUAUGUUCUGAUGAAGGAAGGUCCUCCACAUCAAAAGAGCGACUGACAGCACAAACUCAAAAGAAGAAACUUUAUUCAGAAGAGCAAAGAGAGCAGAUGUUAUUUCACUGUGAGCAGUGUGGGAAGAAUUUUGUUGACUUGUCUCAGCUUAAAGGCCACGUGAGGACACACAGUGAUGAAAAGCCUUUCUGUUGCACCGAAUGUGCCGUAUGUUUCAGAACCAAAUAUAGUCUUGAUGUUCAUAAGAGAAUUCACACAGGAGAAAAUGCAUACAAGUGCAGUGAAUCUGAAAACACUAGGGAUUCAGGUUCAUUACAACCACACCAGAAUAUUCACUCUAAAGAGAAACUAUAUCAAUGUUCACACUGUGAUAAACGUUUUCAUCUGAAAUCUCUUCAGAUACGCCAUGAAAAAAUUCACACUGGAGAGAAACCUUAUCACUGUAGUGUUUGUGGGAAGAGCUUUAAUCAACGUUUCAACUUAGUGUUACACCAGAGAACUCAUACAGGUGAAAAACCUUACAAAUGCUCUCAGUGUGAUAAGACGUUUGCUUCAUCAAGUACCUUAAAUGCCCAUCAGAAAGUUCAUACUGGAGAGAAACCUCAUCACUGUAGUGUUUGUGGGAAGAGUUUUAUUCAACGUUUAAAUUUAGUGUCACACCAAAGAAUUCAUACAGGUGAAAGACUUUAUAAAUGCUCUCAGUGUGAGAAGACGUUUACUCAACUGGAUGUCCUGAGAACCCAUCAGAGAGUUCAUACAGGAGAAAAACCUUUCGUCUGCUCUCACUGUGGAAAAAGCUUCUCUGAUCGAGCUCAUUUCAGAGUUCAUCUGAGAAUUCACACAGGAGAAAAACCUUACGUCUGCUCUUACUGUGGAAAAAGCUUCUAUGAUCGAUCUCAUUUCAGAAUUCAUCAGAGAGUUCACACUGGAGAGAAACCUUAUCACUGUAAUGUUUGUGGGAAGAGUUUCAGUCGAAAUGACGUUUUAGUGAAACACCAGAGAAUUCAUACAGGUGAAAAACCUUACAAAUGCUCCCAGUGUGAUAAGACGUUUGCUCGACAAGAUGGCCUGAGAACCCAUCAGAGAGUUCAUACGGGAGUAAAACCUUUGAAACAGAGUUUUAUAUCUGUCUAUUUUAGUGUCGAGAUGUUGAUUAGGAGAGAUGGGAUGGAUGUGAUGUGCUGUAAAUCAGUAGGAACUGAUCUGUCCAUGCAGGAUAUUGAUGAUUUCAUCACAGAAAUCUCUCAGCUGAAGAAAGAGGUGGCGUUACUGGAGGCAAAGUUGAGGUCAAGAGGAGAUGAAGAAGUAAAGAGAGAGGAUGUGUUUUGUUGUGAAUCUUCAGUGUAUGUGACUGACGGGAUCUCCACAGAAUCUCAGGAUCAGAGCUCACCACAGUUACUGCUGGACAAACUCUCUGAAGAGAAAUCCAGACACACACAGGACUCAAAGUUCAAUCUCACUUUACUCUGUUAUACUGAGUCAAAGCCCACAGACCCUCAGUACACUGCAGUGUGUGACAGUAUUCAGGGUAUAAAAGAUGAGGAAUCUACUGAUCAAACCUCCACAGAGUCUCUGGAUUCUGCCUGUAACGCUGGAGGGCAGCAGCAGAUCCUGCAGACCACACUGAAGAUGUGUUCAGUCAAACUGGUGGACUGCAGGAACCUGAAGAUGGAGAUAAAAACAGAACCUGUUGAAGAGGAAGAGGACUUUAUUCUGCCAGAUGAGAAGAGUGAUUCAUGUUCUGAUGAAGAAAAGUCCUCAACAUCAAAAGAGCGACUGACAGCACAAACUCAAGAAAAGAAACUUUAUUCAGAAAAGCACAGAGAGAAGAAGAAGAAAAAGAAGCAGCAGUUUCACUGUGAGUGUUGUGGGAAGGAUUUUGUUUACUUAUCUCAGCUUAAAGGCCACGUGAGGACACACAGUGAUGAAAAGCCUUUCGACUGCACAGAAUGUGCCGGAUGUUUCAGAACCAAAUAUAGUCUUGAUGCUCAUAAGAUAAUUCACACAGGAGAAAAAGCGUACAAGUGCAGCGAAUCUGAAAAAACUAGGGAUUCACGUUCAUCACAACCACACCAGAAUAUUCACUCUAAAGAGAAACUGUAUCAAUGUUCACAAUGUGAUAAACGUUUCCAUCUGAAAUAUCUUCUGAUACGCCAUGAAAAAAUUCACACUGGAGAGAAACCUCAUCACUGUAGUGUUUGUGGGAAGAGCUUUAAUCAACGUUUCAACUUAGUGAUACACCAGAGAACUCAUACAGGUGAAAAACCUUACAAAUGUCCUCAUUGUGAGAAGACGUUUGCUCAGCAAGAUGGUAUGAAAACCCAUCAGAGAGUUCAUACAGGAGAAAAACCUUACGUCUGCUCUCACUGUGGAAAACGCUUUUCUGAUCGAUCUCAUUUCAGAGUUCAUCAGAGAGUUCAUACAGGAGAAAAACCUUACGUCUGCUCUUACUGUGGAAAAAGCUUCUCCGAUCGAUCUCAUUUCAAAGUUCAUCUGAGAGUUCAUACAGGAGAAAAACCUUACGUCUGCUCUUACUGUGGAAAAAGCUUCUCCGAUCGAUCUCAUUUCAAAGUUCAUCUGAGAGUUCACACAGGAGAAAAACCUUACGUCUGCUCUCACUGUGGAAAAAGCUUCUCUGAUCAAUCUCAUUUCAGAGUUCAUCAGAGAGUUCACACAGGAGUAAAACCUUAUCACUGUAAUGUUUGUGGGAAGAGUUUCAGUCGAAGUGAUACUUUACUGAAACACCAGAGAAUUCAUACAGGUGAUAAACCUUACAAAUGCUCUCAGUGUGAUAAGAAGUUUGCUCGACAAGAUGGCCUGAGAACUCAUCAGAGAGUUCAUACGGGAGUAAAACCUUAUCACUGUAGUGUUUGUGGGAUGAGUUUUAAUCAAAAUGGCCAUUUAGUGACACACCAGAGAACUCAUACUUUACAAAUGCUCUCAGUGUAAGAAGACGUUUGAGAUAACCAGAUAACUCAUACAAAGAAAAGUUAAAAAGGCUCUCAUUGUUGUAAGACGUUUGCUUGAUCAGAUUUGCCUGAAGAUCCAUCAGUUCACUUCAAUUUUAUUUAUUUAUCACUUUUAACAAUUGUUAUCAUACAAAAACAGCUUCCCAUGAAAUACAAACAAAGAAAACUUAGAAAAGCAAAGAACAAUAGAGCAUGACAGUUUUAAAUAUAGUUUAGAAUGGAGUAUUAGAAGUUACAUGGAGUCAUUUCUUAUUAAAUAAUGUAAAAGUUUGUCGCUGGGCAGACAUCAGAUGAGCGUCAUGAUAAUGGGAUGCAAGUAGAUCAGUGGUGGGACAAGACAAGAAAAUAAAAUCCUAGUAGCGUAGAGGUCGCUCACAUGUUAUGUUAAAGUCUUACAAAAAAAUGGAUGUAUGUAUGUGUGGUCUGUUCCGGACAAGCUAACUACUUUAUUGCUGUAUUACAAGAAGAGGAUAGGGCCUAGAAUUGAUCCCUGUGGUACACCAUAUUUAACCUGAGAGUUACAUGAUUUUUCCUCAUUUAAGUAAUUCAAGUGAUAGAUUUACCAUCAUUUAUCAAGAUAUCUUCUUCAUCAUUUAUCACAAUACUAGCAUAAUAUUUGUUUUCCUACUAUGGAAGUCAAUGGUUACAGUAGCUGUGUGCCUCCCAUCAUUUAUCAAAAUUAUUGUGUUAACUGCUCCGUUUGAUAACUUGAAUAAGUUGUGACCCCCUCCCCCCCAUGUUCAUUACUGCUUGUUCUUCAGUAACUUCAGAUUUAGUAACUUUAUUUACAAAGUGAAAUAACUAUUUUUUGCAAUUAAUUUACUAUAUAUUAAUUUGCACAGUUACUUCUGUAAAAAUCAAAUUAUUUUGUUUACAUUUUUUUAACAAAUGUGAACAUGUUAUCAGAUUUUAACAACAGAGGACUUAAACUGAUUUCCAGCACAAAUAAAAAAUCCUGAACUCCUCAUGAGGUUAAAGUGAUUCCAGACAUUUAAAAUCAAUCUAACAAAUCAAAUAACACAUGAAGAAGCUGCCCAGCGGUCGAAGAAGGAAUGGAAAGACUCUGUGGCUUUGUGAACCAUUGAGAUUUUAGCCACUAGGUACCUGUUGUGCAAUCCUUUGCUGGCUGGCACUUGUGCCUCUUGCUGGUAUUUAUAUUGCCCUUGUUCUGACUAUCUAUACCUCCUCAGAAUGUGCUUGAAAAACACGGUAACGCAUCCUCUCAACAUGUCAUACCAAUCAGAAUGUGCUGGCACACUUAAUAAAAGGCUUGUAACAAUGAUGUAUAAAUCUGGGGACUGACAUUGGACUGUGGUUUCGACACAUUUGACCAACUUCUCUCCUGGACUGAGCAAU